AUGUCUUUUAACUCACCUAAUGGGAUCAAUACACUUACAUACAGUCUAAGGACUCUAUUUGCACAGGUAUGCAGGAAUUGGAACAGAAUAUUUUAUUCAAAAAGAGUGUGGGAAACCUUUAUUCUACAUGAUCGAACACUAACGCGAAGGAAAUUCAACUAUUACAUGGGGGAUCAAUAUGUGCUGGACCACUAUAGGAUGCAACUCUGCCUACACAAAGUAUCGAGAGGCUUCAGGAAGAUUAUCAUCAAACCGAUGGAAAACUUUUUUAACCUGUACGAGUUCAUGAUGAUUCUAUCCUACUACUGCGAAAAAUUCGAGCAGCUGCACUUAAUCAGAACGCUUGAUUUCACUUUCGGCUGUGAGUUUGCAGCUGAGAAGUCUCAGAACAGUGGCGUUGACGAUAAGGUGUUUGGGACUGGAGGGAAACUUCUUGAAGCUUUGAAAAGGUUGAUGAAUGAUUUGCCAGGACUUAAGCACAUUUAUCUUCAGGAUUUGCUUUUAGAAAAGGAAGAAGCCAUAAGCUUGUUGGACGAUGUUGCUUACAAUUGUUGCGAAACACUAAAAUCACUCAGGAUCAUCAAUUGCUGCAAGGAUAAAUAUGCCAUGCUUCAUCCAGCCGUCUUCAUAAACUUGCAAACUCUUACACUUUCCACCCAACAUUUAAGUGAAGAUCUCCUUUUAUUACUUGGUGAUAUUCGUCUAGAAAACUUAUACUUAGUGCAAACGUGCUUGACUCCUGCCGUUUCACCCAUUCCUACCAAAGUAUGGAGAGAAUGUCACAAAAGUUCACCAUUUCUCAGAGUUCAUCAUUUGCUGGAAGGUCCACAGAAAUCUCCGGUCGUUUGGCAAGAAGGUGCAGCUGUGCGCUCCGUAGUCUUCGACUGUCCGGAAAAUGAAACAUCCAUUCCUUCCAUAUUCACUGCCACGAAUCUGUACAGCAACACGCUGGAAGUGUUGGCAUUUUUGGGGCUGCCUCAACAUUCGCUGCAAGAUAACUUCGAAGACAGAGCCGACACUGCCUUGAUGUGGUCUUCCCGUCAUUGUCUUUAUUUGGACACUCUCGUUGUGAGGGACAUCAUAUCAACUGGAACUGUUCUUCUUAUUGCUCACCAAGCGAAGAAUUUGCGUCGAUUGAUAGUGAGAAAAAGAGCCCUCCUGAGAAAGUGCGAAUGGCCAUACAACCCAGAGUGGUCUGAUUUUUUUUAUCAGUGGUUGAGAAAGAACUUCGAUUCAUAUGAAAGGACUGCUGAGGAAGUUACUAAGCUGUUGGGACAUAAGUGGACAGCACUUACAGAUGAAGAAUUCCAAAAAUUUAAGUUAUGAGUCAUAAUUUUAUUCAAUAAAGUCAGAUAACCUUAACGACCUUAUUUAAGGCCGUUAUAAAAUAAGACCUUAUUUAAGGCUUAGGGGCCUUUAUAAAUGACAUUAAACAAAUAAAUAGUAACUUAUUUAAUAGUCAUAAUUUCUUAAAAUAAAUAAAUUUAAGAAAAAACAGUGUUUCCUUGCAUCAAAACACUAUUUUCUAUAAUUAUAAGCGACAUUUUUAAAAUUUAGUUUGAAAACAAAAGAGGCUGUUAUUUUUUCUUAAUGGUUACUAUCCUUUGCUAACUAUCAUUUAAGACAACUGGGCGGCUUUCAGUACGCGUUUUAUAUACAGCAGACAAGAAUUCGCUCAAAAUUUACGAAUAAAGUGUGUACUAAAUGCAUUGUAUGUUAAUUAAAAAAAAUAUAUCAUACUUGAAAAAAUCGACUUCUGUACGUUUUCGUAAAACAUACUAUUUUUACAUUACAAAAUAUCAUUUUUCUGAUUUGUCUAAAUGCUUAAAUGAACUUUGUGUUCAAAAUGCUGGGAACGUGGGUCUCUGCUAAAAUAGUUGAAUUCCUAAAGUUUAUUUUUAAUAUGCUUUUAAAACUUUAAAUAAAAUGAAACAAAUGUCCAUACAUUUGCAAAAUAAGAUAAAUCCUGAAACAUUAUGUAAUUUUAAUGUGAUGAAUCUUCUCUUAAUUUUUUGAUAACAAGAAACUAAUUGGAAAUAUUUCGCAUAACAUUUUUAUAUUUUAUUUUUCUUGUUUAUCCAUUAGUGACUUAGAGCAUAAUUCCUCAUUACAUAAAGUACUGAUCUAAAAAAAAAAAAAAAAUCUAGAAACUUUUUUUUUUUUUUGCAGUUAGUUCUUUUUUUUUUGGUUAAGUCAAGUACUGAACGUAAUAAGGCACUUAAUGUAAAUUCGUAAGCAUGCAUACAUGAACAGAAAUAUUUUCUCUGAAUGAAAUGUGAUAAAUGCAACGAUAUUAAACGAAAAACGGCUCUAAAAACUGAAUUAAUAUUAUUAAAUUAUACUGCAUACAGUCAGAGUCAAAGCAAAGCAUUUUUUUCGGAAGACUUUUAUGUAACAGUUCUUAAUAAUGCACCAAAAUGCUUGAAUGAUGGGGAAGGGGGUGCUGCGUUAAAGGAAUUAACAUGAGCAACUAAAAACUGACGUAUGAAUUAUUGUUGGAAGAAGUGAUAUGUGCAAUAUUGAAUGAUCUACGUCUUUUUAAUAACUCAAAUGAAUAGGUGCGUAUGUGCUUCUAUAAACGCAUUAAAAGCUUUCUUUUAAAAUUGUUCAAAAACUUUAUCAUUUUUUUUAAGCCACUAAGAACGACAGUGUUUCCAUUCAAGUUUUGCCAUCAACGAUGCAGAGAAAUGUUUCCUCCCCAAGGUAUUAAAAAUAAACAUAAUUUUAAUUAGUUUGAAAGAUAUAUUGCAAGAGAUAUAGCAGUACUUCAGAUACUUCUCAACGAAAUAUCUACCGGAAUCUUAGCCUUUGUGCAGUGGGCUAUGAUUUUGUAGUUCAAUAUCAUAGAAAGCUGUUGCCUAGGAAUGGCGCCACAACGUCACAAUUUUCCUCGCGCAUGUGGCAACAUUCCUGAAACAUUUGCUGUAGAAGUGUCACCACAACGUGUUUGACCAUCUACUGUAGUUCCGAUCAUUCGACCUCUACCUGUUCUUGCAACAAAUUUCUACAAGGACACCACUUUCAUACUUAUAAGAAGUCGUGCUGGUUUAUAAAAAUAUAUCAAGCGUAAAUUCCAGUAAGUCUUAUGCGUUAAAACUUUUACUACAAUUCUCUGGUGGUGAUUAUGUUUUUGCUGGCAACGGGAAAUUUACUGUUCGAAUCACUCUUCUUCACUGGGUGAUAAAGUGAGAAAUGAUCGACGAAAUGUACAGUUCUAUGAAUUGUAUGGUGUUUCUUUGUUGUUUUUUCCUCCAUCAGAAUUAUUUUACCUGCAUGUUAAGCCUAUUUUCCAUUCCUUGUUCUCCAUUUUAGUGAGAUCUGUUUUCGUAAUGAUUGGUAUACUUUGUAUUGUUUUUUGACCCUUGUUAUGACUGGAAGAUAAUUACUUUGUAAUUUGUUACUUAAUUUGUUACUGUUGAUUAAAGUUAGUGUAUAGUUUUAA